AUGAUUUGGAUGAUCAUGGACUCUGGGAGUCCACGAUGUCCCGAUUGUGGCGGUUCCACCUACGAGGAGAUCGCAGACAUUGUCCUGCGAAUGCCAUGGACCUCUGGGUUUAGGGUUAAUGAAUCAUCUCGAACUAUCCAUCUUGUGCCAGAAGACGAAUCCGAUGUUGUCUCAUCCAGCGCCACUGCUGUGACUCACCUUCUGAAAGCGGCUCAAGAUGCAGGCACGUUUGCGAAACUUGCCAGCUGGCCUGGCGAGAAGCUCUCAAUCAUGGGAUCGCCGUACCCAUUUGCGAUUGAUCGCUCCAUCGCGCCGUACUUUGGAAUCGUCUCCGCUGGUGUUCAUCUGACGGCAUUUACCCGCGAUGGCCAAGGGUCGAUCGCCACUAUCUGGAUUACGUGCCGUGGUGUCAAUAAGGCUAUUGUCGAUGAAGUCAAGGCGGCUCUCAUGCGGCACGAAUUCAAGCCUAGUAGCGCUAAUGCUAUGAUAGACUUCUUUGUCCGGCAUGUCAUAAUCACCGCUGAGAACGACGGCGACUUUGCCGAGAUUGUAUCCCGACUGCAUCAUAAGACCGACUACAUUUCACUUCUGGCUCGCAGCAAGUAUGUCGGAGGAAGAGAUCUUCACGCCGCCCGCGGCCCCCAAGACUUGAUGCGUUCACGCACUAAGUGCACUUCAGUUGGGCUUGCCGCUGCAAUUUACCGGCUGUCUGGCUCAGGAGGUGCACUGCUGCCGCAUGCCAGCGCCUGGCGCCGCCCCCGAGACAACGGAGGUGUGAUCAUGCCGGAAAUAGACGGCCGCGGCCCGCCCAACAGCCCCGACUAUUGCAUUCAUCGCCUGAUACUGCGAUCAGUUCGGGCGAACUCCUGGUGGGCUGCUUGUUAUCUAUUUGUUAGUGGCGACAUCAGUAUUGUAACGCAUCAGUCAAAACAGGCUUACGAUUCAUUUCGCCCUCUUAUUGUCUACAUUUAUCACGAGACGGAAAAUGCCCGCGCGAACUUGAAUUUUUUCAUCGAGAAUGGUCUGCACGAUCAGGCCGACUUCCUCUUUGUCUUCAACGGCGAGAGUGACAUGAUCGAUCAGAUACCUCAGCACCCGUACAUAGCCACUGUGCAGCGGGACAACACCUGCUUCGACCUUGGCGCAGUUGGAGAGGUACUAAUGAGGAACGAUCUAUGGAAGAAGUACAAGAGAUUCAUCACCAUGAACGCAAGUGUUCGGGGUCCUUUUAUGCCGGUCUGGAGUCGUUCGUGCUGGACCGAUCUUUUCUUGAAAAGAGUCACGGAUCAAGUCAAGCUCGUUGGUACGACCGUCAACUGCAGGCAUAUGCCCCACCUACAGUCCAUGGUGUGGGCGACCGACGAUGUUGGCAUGGGCAUCCUGCUGGACGACAAGCUCGCAACCAAUGCAUCGAAAGACGACGCAUUUGGUACCAAGGACGACCCGGUUGGGCUGAGCGCCUGCUACUCAGAUUGGAGGAAAGCAGUGCACGCCGAGAUUGGCACCACGGCCCUUGUCCGAUCCCAGGGCUACGAGGUGGACGCUCUCAUGACUAGCUUCGAGACGAAGAAGGACAUCGACGCGUAUUGUGAAGCAAACAAUGAUUUUGGUGAUGACGUCCAGUUUGAGAAGGGGUACUUUGGGACUAACCUCCACCCUUAUGAAACGUUGUUCAUCAAGACCAACCGAAAUAUUGAUCCUAUCCUCAUCGACAAGCUCACGAUAUGGCAAAAGGAAAGGGGUUUCGGUAGCUGGGAAACUUGCAAGACAUCGGGACCUGGCGAAGGCCUGUUGCUAUUUCUCCUUUGUCCUACACAGGAUAUCGAUGGCACUUUCUUCCCAUGCUUCUGUACAUGCUACAAGACAAGGUCUGGUGACAUGGCUGGCUGGGGGAAUCCUGUGCAAGGACGCGCAAGAACCCCGGCGUUCUCGGAGCCGGCGGGACUUGAAGUCGUCACGAACCACGAGAACUACCCCUACGCCUACUACUCGAACGACGAUGCGAUGUCGCAGAAGUACCCGCAGGAGCUUCCGGGGGUGAACUGGCCCCGAGACCUUCCAAAGUAUGACGAGCAAGACGAGUCCAGGCAUUGGCAGCAGCAACCAGAGACACCCCCACGACGGUUCACGGUCCUCCCACAGACUGGACGGCAACGAGUGAUAUGGGCCGUGGUGGGACUGGUGAUUAUCCUCGCCAUCAUCGGCGGUGCAAUCGGAGCAACGGUCGGGAAGAAGAAUGCGUCUUCUACUGGCUCAACUGACGCAUCCUCUGGCACAUCCUCAACUUCAACCGCCCCUCCAAUACCUGCUGCCAGUGGUCCAGCGCAACUGAAGUCAAUAAAACCCAACUCGCCCCUGGGAGUGACUGCAUGGAGAAAGGUCGCCGGCGUCGAGUUGUAUCUGUACUAUCAGGGUCCCGACAAUAUCCUCCGUGUCUCCCAAUAUGACAGUGGACGCGGUUUGCCAACCCAGAACAACUCUUACUGGUUGCAGCCUGCCGCUGCCGUUGCCUCCGCUGCUCCAGGCACGCCUAUUGGAGCAACGACAAUCGUCUUCUCUACAGACUUCCAGCCACAAAUUGAGGUCUUCUACUUCAGCCCUCCAGACAACCUGCUGAGCGGUGUCAACUUCAACAACCAGAACAAACCCCCAGCCCGGGCCGAUGGCGUGGCAGAUUUUAACCUCACCUCCCAUCCAGAGAGUUCCAUCGCUACGUACUGGCCAUACAUCAUCUACCAGGACAUCAAGAACAACAUCAUCGAGAUGCGAAACAUGCUUGACGGGUACGGCGCCGGCCUCUUCGGCCCAUCGAUACGGUACUUCGCAACGAAUCAGAACGUCGUCGGCAUGCAAGGCUCAGACCUGGGAAUCGUGCCUUUAUCUGCGGCCUUUGAGACUGCCGGCCAGCCGGGAGGCUACGGCGUGGUGUACCAGAGAGGCGACGGGACUCUGUCAACGUUCGUUCCCAACGCCGCCAGUACAACCAAUGUAACGCGCUCUUGGCCUUCAAAUGUUGCUUUCCCGAACAUAGUCAUCCCGAAGGGCAACGCCAUCGAAGCCUUCGCAACGGCGCGCCCAAACGACAGCAAGAAGCGAACAAACACCUUCAUUCUGUACCAAGCCACUGACGGCGCGAUCAACAUGGUAUGGCAGGACGAUGACGUGGGCUGGAAGACGUCCCGGCCGGCCGUGCUGUCCAAGGCAGAUAACGGGACCCGGAUUGGAUGCAUCACGAUGCCCAUGUCACACAUCAACACGGACGGCCGACCCCUGCUUCUGGAACAGGCAUCAGGUGAAACCAGGUGUUAUUUUCAACGAGAUGUAAGAGUGGUUGAGGUGCGGUUGAAUGGUACGGACUGGAUAGAGUUGGGCACUGUGCCUAUACCAUAG